AUGUCAUACACCGGCCGUAAGUGGAAACGGUGUUGUUAUACGCCGACACUGCUUCCUCAGGGUAAUAACAUUCCUCUCUGCAAACAUCACUUGUGUUAUUGUUCAAUUUGGCACAGGGUCACAAGCGAGGUUUGCCCUGACGUGGCUCGAAAUUACUACAUUUACAAAAUAUCUUGCAAAACGGUCACGUUAACCAUCGCUUUACAAUAUAUCUAUUCGUAUCUAUCUAUCUAUCUCUGUUCGUAUCUAUCUCUGUUCGUAUCUAUCUCUGUUCGUAUCUAUCUCUGUUCGUAUCUAUCUCUGUUCGUAUCUAUCUCUGUUCGUAUCUAUCUCUGUUCGUAUCUAUCUCUGUUCGUAUCUAUCUCUGUUCGUAUCUAUCUCUGUUCGUAUCUAUCUCUGUUCGUAUCUAUCUCUGUUCGUAUCUAUCUCUGUUCGUAUCUAUCUCUGUUCGUAUCUAUCUCUGUUCGUAUCUAUCUAUCUAUCUAUCUAUAUCUGUUCGUAUCUAUCUAUCUAUCUAUCUAUCUAUAUCUGUUCGUAUCUAUCUAUCUAUCUAUCUAUAUCUGUUCGUAUCUAUCUAUCUAUCUAUCUAUAUCUGUUCGUAUCUAUCUAUCUAUCUAUCUAUAUCUGUUCGUAUCUAUCUAUCUAUGUCUGUUCUUAUCUAUGUCUGUUCGUAUCUAUCUAAGUCUAAUUGUAUGUAUUUAA